GUAAGUAACACACUUUACUAUCCUCCAGCUUUGGAGCUGCUGCAGUGUGUCUGUGCAGCACUGCAGAAUCCCCACCUACAAAAGGGAAAAACACACACCGAGAAACACUGGGCAAACAGGAAGCCCUGGACGGCCGUUUGGUUGUUAAAGCAAGGAGGCUUGUGGGAAAACAUCCAGGUGUUUCUCUUUGGAAUGGUUUCUCCGGUGUAUAGGAAAUAAACAAGAAAAGACAGGUAGUCUUAUGGGGCUUAUGUAUGGACUAUUACCAGACUCCUGAUCUCUUCAUGGGUGUCUUCACCAAGGCUAGAAGUUAUGCAAAGCCUCCCCGGGUAGAAUUUUUCUGCCUGCAUUGUGGUGGAAUGAACAGAUCUAAUCCAUGAGUAAUGUCCAGACCAGUGGAUGCCUUCCAUUAUGAGAAAUAAGAAUUAAGGUAAAGAGCGUAACCUGCAGUAUUGAAGCAUGAGUGCCGAUGCCAGUCAGGGGGUGAUCACCACCCCUCCACCUCCUAGCAUGCCUCACAAAGAGAGGUAUUUUGACCGCAUCAAUGAAAAUGACCCCGAGUACAUCCGUGAAAGAAACAUGUCUCCUGAUCUGAGACAAGACUUCAACAUGAUGGAGCAGAGGAAGAGGGUCACUCAGAUACUGCAGAGUCCAGCCUUCCGAGAAGACCUGGAAUGUCUUAUUCAAGAACAGAUGAAGAAGGGCCAUAAUCCAACUGGACUUCUUGCAUUACAACAGAUUGCUGAUUACAUCAUGGCAAGCUCUUUUGCAGGUUUCUCUUCUUCUCCACUGAGCCUUGGAAUGGUUACAGCUAUCAAUGACCUACCUGGAAUAGACACCACCUCAUUUGUUAAGGGAGAAAAACUUACUCGUUGUAAAUUAGCCAGCUUAUACAGAUUGGCUGACUUGUUUGGAUGGGCACACUUAGCAAACUCCUACAUCACUGUAAGAGUAAGCAAAGAACAUGACCACAUUCUAAUCAUUCCAAGAGGCCUGUCUUUUUCUGAAGCUUCAGCUUCCAAUUUGGUUAAAGUAAAUAUCUUAGGAGAUGUAGUGGACCAGGGGAGUACCAAUCUGAGCAUCGACAAUGCAGGAUUCAGUCCACAUGCUGCCAUCUACUCCAUGCGCCCUGAUGUCAGAUGUGUGAUACACAUACACACCCCUGCAACUGCAGCUGUUUCCUCUAUGAAGUGUGGUAUUCUUCCAAUCUCUCAAGAGGCUCUGAUUCUGGGAGAUGUUGCUUACUACAACUACCAGGGAUCUCUUGAUGAACAGGAAGAGAGAAUUCAGCUUCAGAAGGUUCUUGGACCCAGUUGCAAGGUGUUGGUCUUGAGAAAUCAUGGUGUGGUAGCAUUGGGAGAGACAUUAGAGGAGGCCUUUCAUUAUAUUUUCAAUGUGCAACUUGCAUGUGAAAUACAGGUACAUGCAUUAGCUGGUGCAGGUGGAAUAGACAAUCUUCUUAUACUAGAUAUGCAGAAGUACAAGCCUUUUACACACACUGUGGCAGCAGCUGGAGGAGGUGGAGUUAAUAUGGGCUCUCAACAAAAAUGGAAAGUUGGGGAGCAAGAAUUUGAAGCUCUUAUGAGGAUGCUAGACAACCUGGGAUACAGAACUGGCUAUGCUUAUAGGCAACCUCUAGUCAGAGAAAAACCCAGACAUAAGAGUGACGUUGAGAUCCCAGCCACUGUGACUGCCUUUUCUUUCGAAGAUGACACAGUCCCGCUUUCCCCCCUCAAAUUCCUAGCACAAAGACAGCAGCGGGAAAAGACAAGAUGGCUGAACUCUCCAAAUACAUACUUGAAAGUGAAUGUGCCUGAGGAGUCUUGGAAUGGAGAGACUAGUCCCAGAACUAAGAUAACGUGGAUGAAAGCUGAAGACUCCUCCAAGACUAGUGGAGGAACACCAAUCAAAAUUGAAGAUCCAAACCAAUUUGUGCCUCUAAAUACAAACCCAAGUGAGGUUUUAGCAAAGAGAAAUAAGAUUCGUGAGCAAAACCGGUAUGACUUAAAGACAGCAGGACCACAGUCUCAGCUACUGGCUGGGAUUGUUGUGGACAAAAAGCCUAGUCUGCCAAUGCAGUUUGAGGAAGAUGAGCAUGCACCACCAGCCCCUCCCAAUCCAUUCAGUCAUCUUACUGAAAAGGAACUGGAAGAGUAUAAGAAGACAAUUGAGCGCAAGCAGCAAGGAAUGGAAGAUGCUGAACAGGAAUUAGUCUCAGAUGAUGGUUCAUCUGUGUCACAAACUCAGUCCCCACAAAAUGUCCCUGAAAAAUUAGAAGAAAAUCAUGAAGAUAUGUAUGUCCAGAAUGCUAACCUCAUCUCCACAGAGGUACCAGUUGUGGUGGUGAAUGGCAAAGAAGAUAUGCAUGAUGUGGAAGAAGAUCUCACCCAACGGGUCAGUCAGUUAACCACUAGUACUGUGGAGAGUGUAGAGAUUACAAUUAAAACCUCUGAAAAGAUUGAAGAGACCCUGUCUCCUGAGGGCUCCCCUUCCAAAUCACCAUCGAAGAAGAAAAAGAAAUUCCGUACUCCGUCUUUUCUGAAAAAGAACAAAAAGAAGGAAAAGGUGGAAGCAUAAGAGCAGCUCUGUUCUUAAGAGGUGGCAUUGCACAUUUUGAAACCACAUUCAAGGUGAACAUUAACAAAGUAGUGGUAGGGGUGUGCAGUAAACUGGAUCUUAACCUAUGAACAAAACUGGAAAAGGUUUUACUAAAAAUAAUUUUAUGUUUAAAAAAAAAAUUCAUCUCUUACUUAGUGUCCAAAAUUACUGAGGGUUUGAAACAUUCAGUAAUUUCACAUAGAGCUACAUUGGCAGGUGCUUUAAUACUAUCAUAGUGAGAUCAGAUACCAUUGUAGUACAUUGUUGUGACAAGUUACACUUGGAGUAUUUUGCAGACUGUAAAACCUUCAGCACAGUUGAAGUCUCUAAUUGAGUUACUGUUGAGUGAUUACAUGAAAUUUCAUUUUUAAACUGCUGCCUCACUUGGUAAUCAUAUAAUACGUUUUGUAUUGUGAUUCAGACAAUAUAUUUUGUUUCUGUACCCUUCAUCAAUGGGUACAUAUUAACAGCACACCUUUAAAUCUUAAGGUUAGAAUAUAUAGAAUAUUAUACACUGGCACGUAAUAUUAGAAGAAAAACUGUGUAAGAGAAAUUUUAUUUGGAAUUAUACAAAAUGUGUAAAAGUCAAUUCAUCAAUAACUUUUUUGCCAAAUAUUUCAUUUUAGUGAAAUAUAAUUUUUAAAUGCAUCUUUUUUUAUUCUAUCAGUUGGGAAAAAAACCCUUAUUUUUCAAUAAAAGGGGAUUUUAUACACUUAACAUUGAUAACUUAGUUAAAGUAUGGAAAAACAAAAUAAGAUUUUAUAUGUUGAAAUGUUUGUAUACCAUUUAGUAUAAAAAAUAUUAUAAGCAUGUAAACCAAGCAUCUAACAGUAGAGUGUAUUUAAGGAUGCUUGGUUUAGAGUAUACUUAAAUAUAAUUCAGGAAUCCAGGGACUCCACUAUCAAAGGAUUAAAGCAUAUAAAAUUAAAAUGGAUUCAUGUUUAAAUCUUACCAUGGUUUUUCCCUCAUGGCAUUGCUAAUAAAUGAAGAAAAAUAAUCUCUUAACAUAACCAAAUGAAGGAAACAAAACUGUUAAGGGAAUGUGAAAUGGUAAGAAAAUAGAAUGUUGCAAAGAAAGUAAAAGUUUGGUGAUUAUUUUUAUUACAUAUAUGAUAUGGAUUGUGAGGUAUUUUUAUUAAAUCAUCAAAUCACAUUUCCAUAUUAGAAGUUAAAAUAACUUACGUGGUUUCACAUGGAGAUCUACACUCUAUCUCACUUCAAUUUGAUUUUUAAAAGGGUAUCAUGAAUCUCUUAUGUCCUUCAGACAAACCAAGAACCAAUUAGAUCUUAGUGCCAUGGGUAGUGGCAGUAGUGCCACUUACUCAUUUUGCUGAUAUUUUAAUUUUUGCUUUUUACUAUAUUGUAAAAACAAACUAAGCAUAGAAAUUAACAUAGGGUUUUUUCUUCUCAAAUUUGUUGUAGGACAUCAGCCAUUGCAAUAGCAAACAAGUUUAAAAGAUCAGUGUGAUUCCCAGAUUGCCAGUUGAAAUAUAUACAGUAUAUAGAUUAAGUAUGGCUGGAGAGUGGUUUGGCAUGCAAAAAUAUUGACUAUAGCAUGUUCUGGAGCUGGUUAGCUUUGAGUGUGUAAGUGUGACAAUGCAAUGUUGGAAUGGAUCCUGGAAAUGAUAUUCUAGUUAUCACUAAAUACUGGAAUCAGUGUUUUUAAUCUUAGUGGAAACUUCCAGUUGCUUAACUUCUUUUUUUUAUGUUCUACAUUUUUUGUGUUGUAUUACAACAUAUGUAGAAAAAGUAACCUGUGAACUAUGCUUUUCAUAACUUUUUUAAAAAAUAUAUCUUAAUGAAUGCAAUGUGCAUAAAUAUUUUUUAAAAUGCAAACGUGAACUAUUUGCACCUUUUUGCUAAUGCCUCUAUUUACUUGCUUUGGCAUAAAGAAUGAGCCAGCCAACUCUGUGUCCUGUGGAAAAUUAUAUAAAUGUUAUCUGAAAUUGCUCAUAGAUGUAAUGCUAAUUAAUGUUAAAUCACAAAUAAACAGUAUUUUAAAUAGA